AUAAACCAAACCAAGACUCGACAUCAAAAGGCAGGCAGGCAGGCAGAGUGAAGUCUGAAGUCUGAACUCUGAACUCUGAAGCCAGGGAAGGGAAGUGGUUUCAUCAACGCCAUGUUUGUCAACAACCUAAACCGUUGCAGUCACAAUCACAACUCUCCAUCAUCAUCAUCAUCAAUCUUUUAUUAUCUCCAUCGAAACUUCUCACUCUGGUCCAUGAAAAAAGACCCGGAUCUGGAGUCUGCUCUCUCGCGAAACCGUAGAUGGAUAGUAAAUAAUCAAAUAAAAAACAUUAUCCUUAGAUACCCCAACCAGGAUGCACCGGUCAAGUUUCUUCAGAAAAAGUUCAAGACUUUAGACCUUCAAGGUAAAGCUCUUAACUGGCUUAAAAAAUACCCUUGUUGUUUCGAUGUUUAUCUACAAAACGAUGAGUAUCAUUGUAAAUUAUCAAAGAGAAUGUUGUUCUUAGUGGAGGAGGAAGAGUCUGUUAAAGAAACGCAAGAACCUGUCUUUGUUGAGAGAUUAAGUAAGUUGUUGAUGUUGAGUGUGAAUCAUAGGCUUAAUGUUGUUAAACUUAACGAGUUAAAGAGAAAUCUUGGAUUCCCUGAUGAUUAUUUGAUUAGGAUUUUGCCUAAAUACCCAGAUACGUUUAGGUUUGUUAAUCAUAGUGGGAGAAGGAGUUCAAUGGAGAUUGAACUUUUAUCAUGGAACCCAGAUUUGGCAAUUUCUGCUGUUGAAGUUUCGGCUAGAAAACAGGGUUCUUCUAAGCCUUGUUUUAGUUGUUCUUUGCCAUCAACUUGGGUUAAAUCAUGGGAAAGGUUUAAUGAAUUCAAUGCUACUCCUUAUAUUUCUCCUUAUGUGGAUUCAAGAGGUUUAUUGGAAGGUUCAAAGGAGAUGGAGAAAAGAAUAGUGGGUUUAGUGCACGAGUUGCUGUCAUUGACAUUAUGGAAGAAGAUGUCAAUUGUGAAAAUGGGUCAUUUUAAACGAGAGUUUAAUUUACCUGAGAAACUAAAUAUUCUGCUUCUUAAGCAUCCAGGCAUAUUUUAUGUGUCGAAUAAGUAUCAGAUUUAUACUGUUCUUCUUAGAGAAGGCUAUAAUGGCUCAGAAUUGAUUGAUAAGGAUCCACUUGUUGUUGUGAAGGAUAAAUUUGGAGAGUUGAUGCAGGAAGGGCUCCAUGAAUAUAACCGGAGGCGCUAUGAAGUGAAUCUAGAAAAGCAGAGGAAGAAAGGCAUUGUUUCUGUAAGAAAAGAGAAAAGGAAGGAAGGAAGCACAGAAAUGACUGAACAAGAUGAUAGUGGUGAUAAGCUGGGUGGUUUGUUCGACCCUGAAGAAAGGAAACGGUUUUAUAAAGUUCUUUUUGAUGAUGAUGCCCCAUGAGAUUGUAAGAGCAAACAAUUCAGUGGCCUUGGGUGCUCCAACAAGACUGGUAAAAUCCCUUUUUGAGACUGCUGGAGGACGAAAGCAUAACAAUCCCUUGUGCGUGUAGGUUGAUGCAAGGGAUUAUUGAGCAGGAUCUAAAGCAAUUGAAAGAGUGUGCAAAUCCCUCGUUUGAGUGAGACAGGAGGAAGCUGUGUAUGAAUGCAAGGCCCAAUGACACCAAAAGACUCAAGCCAGAAUUUUGGGUGAUUGGUUGCAUCCCUGACCAAAAAGUCCUAGUUGGAGUCGCUUUGGAGUCGGAUCUUCUCCCUUGUUUCCAGUGUAGGAUUGGGACAUGAAAAAGAGUAGCAGGAGAGCAUGUUUUUAUCAAUCUGUGCAAUCUGAGGCAAACGUGUGCACUAGUUUCGUCCCUAGGUGUGGACCUGCCUUCGGCAUGCGGACAGUAACACUAAAAGCCUUGUCAUUUGUACGGAUCUAAUCUCAACAUUUUGUGCCAACAACAAGGACUGCACCUGGGUUGUAGUUUCCAUGAGUAGCUUAACUCGGGAGACUUUGUAUUGUCAAAUUAGUGCAUUAAGCAGAGUUGCUAGUAUAGUAGGACUUGGUUCAAUGCUUGCUACUAUUUAUUUUCUCUUGUUUCAUUUUGUUUAUGGCCCUUGGCGUACCAAGGCACAUUUCAGAAAUGGAGAUGGAGAAAGCAUUCCAAA